CACCCUGGAACUCGGCGGUCAUGACGAACGCUGCCGUUAACGACCGUUUCUCUCCGAAUUCGACUCCGUUCUCACGGCGGAAUCGUGGCUAUGCGCUGGACGGGGAGCAGUCUGGCUGCGGGCGCUGAGCUGGGACCAACAUGUUGUCUGAGGAAAGCGGAGCCACGCAGGGUGUCUGAGCUCACAUUUCACAACAAAGCGACACACGCUCGAGGUCCGGGACCUGUGGGACUGACAGGAGAGGGAGUCCCACAGGUCCGAUCGCCGCGUCUGGUCACGACCAGGCGGUUGACUUGCCUCUUGCUGUGGGCUCCGGACGGGGUUCGCUCCCUCUGCCUGCGGUUCUUGAACCAGUUGCUGACCUGUGUGAGGGACAAGCCGGUCAAUUUGGCCAAGUUCUUCUUCUCGUCCGGCGUCGGGUACCUGUUGCUCUUGUAGCAAUCUUUGAGAGCAUUGCGCGAUUUCUCCUUAAAACAAUACACUGUCUCCUCUCCGUCCCAGAUGGUUUUGGGCAGCGGGAACUUCUUGCGCAGCCGGUACUUGUCCACGGCGCCGAGGCUGCGGCCGCGCGACCUCUCCGCCUCCUUGUAGCGGGCUUUCAGGUACAGGUCCUGCAGGAACCCGUGGUUGGACGGGUGAAAGUCGUGGCUCUCCAGGAUGCCGUACAGUUCGCCGAACUCCUCCCGGUGGAAGGCGACCAGAGCCCGGGCCUUGAGCAGGGUCUCGUUGCCACGUAGCAGCUCGGAGGAGCGCGGUAUGGUGGAGAGGAACCUCCACAGACGCUCCACAUUGCCCGCCUGCAGCAGGGCCUCGCACAGGCACGAGACCUGGUCGGUGGAGAAGCUCGGAGCCGCCUCCUGGAAACUUUGAAACAACUCCUCCGCCACUCGAACGCCGCCGUUUUCCUCGUUGCUCUCGGCCGCCGUGGGUUCCUCUGAGCUGUUGUCGGAUUGUUCUGUCGACUCCAGAGACAAGGAAGCCAUUUUUGGUUGAACUUUUUUUCCUCCAGUGUUUCCUCCUCCUCGCUCCCUCCCUCCCUCCGAGCCUCGCUCCCGUUCUCUCCCCCGCAGACCAACCACUAACGCGACUGCCGAGUCUGCGGUCACGCCCCAAAAACUCUUCGUUUGAAGGACAUUCCCGUCUCCACCGCAUUUGAAGACGCAAGAUCUGGACAAUGGACGGGGGAGUGGCUGUCACGUCCAAUCCCUAUGUAAACGUAAACCUGACAACCUCCAUCAGUUCCUUUGAGGUCGUCAAGCGAUAUGACAGAGGGAUCAGUAUAGGAGAGCUGAAGCGGAAACUGGAAAUGGUUGUGGGCGCACCUUCCUCUUCCAUGGACCUUGAGUUGUAUAGCACAAGCAACAACUUUCUGCAAAAGAUGGACAAUGAUGAAGCCUUGCUGGGUUCCUAUCCUGUGGACGACGGAUGCAGAAUACAUGUUAUUGAUCGAAGUGGAGGAACAAUGAAUGAGUUCAGUGAUGUGUCCAAGGUGGAGAAGUUUGAACUGUCUGAUGAAGCCUAUGAUAAACGAACAGAUACCGUGCGAUCGGUUUUACAGAAACAACGUGUUGGUAAAUAUAACGAGGAACUGAUGGCCACAAAGAAGGCUGAGCAAGCCGCUCGGAUGGAGGAGAGUAAAGCAGCUGCUGAAGCCAUCUCUCCUGGCAGCAGGUGUCAAGUGCAGGUCCCCGGGCAGCCCACAAAAGUUGGCACAGUCAUGUAUGUUGGAACAACAGAUUUCAAGCCCGGUUAUUGGGUGGGUGUCAAAUACGACGAGCCUCUUGGUAAACAUGAUGGCAGUGUUGAUGGAAAACGCUACUUUGAGUGUGAAAACAAAUACGGAGCGUUUGUAAGGCCCUUGAAUGUAACGGUGGGAGACUUUCCCGAGGAGGACUACGGUUUAGAUGAGAUGUAAAGCUUUUUUUUAUCGUGGAAUAUUCAUUUGGUUAAGACUGUCUUAAUUCAGUGCCUCCCUGGAUGACAAAGGAUUUCACCGAAAAAACACUACAUCAUGACAGAUGUAUCUAAACAAGGUCUUUGUGCAUGUGACUGGAAAUUUUGUGUUAAAGCGGUUAAAAAAAAAUCAGAAAUUCAAUUAUUUUCACAUUUUGUGCGAAAUAAAAAAGGUCUCAUAUAAAAAAAUCAAUGCAAUAAAAAGACAAUUUUUUGUUUAUAUUUGUGUUUAACAUGUCUAUCCGUUUGUACGUAUAAACAUUAAACUUUUUUUUGCACUGUAUGUGUUAUGAAAUAUGAAUGUUUGUCUUCACUGUUGAUUUAAUGAUUAGCUGAAGGAAACAUGGAGAGGUCAAAUGCAACUCCCAUCAUUUUAUUUUUUCACACUGAAAACAGAUUGAACUCGGUGAUCCCUCAAUAAAAACGUGAUCCAAACA